CCUACCGGAAAGAGACGAGACAUUGCGGAGUCACACGGAAAAUAAGGAUCUGAGCGCAUGCGAAGAUUAAGUUGACAGAGCAGAAGACAAUACACAAAUAUUUGUUAUUGUUUUGGACAUAUUCAAUUUAAGAGUUGUGAAAAUUGACAAUUAGUUAGCGGAUGAUUAUGAAGAGACGGAAUGUCGAUUGCGGCAAAAUUCGACGGAUCCCCAAAAGAACAAAAAUAACGGACGGUUUCUACGGAAGUACCUUUUUGUACCUGAAGUUUUUGAUGGUUUGGGCUCUUGUCCUGAUGGCAGAUUUCAUAUUAGAGUUCCGGUUUGAGUAUCUGUGGCCAUUCUGGUUAUUGGUUCGCAGUGUCUAUGAUUCAUUCAAAUAUCAAGGAUUGGCAUUUUCCGUGUUUUUCGUGUGCAUUGCUGUCACCUCAGAUGUGGUGUGCUAUCUGUUUAUACCUGUUCAGUGGUUAUUUUUUGCUGCUAGUACUUACGUCUGGGUCCAGUAUGUAUGGCAUACAGAAAGAGGAAUAUGUCUUCCUACAGUUUCUCUAUGGUUGCUGUUUGUCUACAUAGAAGCUUCAGUCAGACUCAGAGAAUUGAAAGCUUUACCAUUUAAUCUUGAUCUCUGUAGACCAUUUGCAGCUCACUGUAUUGGUUAUCCUGUUGUUACACUAGGUUUUGGUUUUAAAAGUUAUGUGUCUUACAAGUUUAGAUUGCGCAAACAGAAAGAUGUUCAGAAAGAAAACGAAUUUUAUUAUAAUUUAAUAAACCAAGCACUGCCAACAGAAUUACAAAAUCAGUAUAUAGAAAAACAGAAAGCUUUACCGGCUAAAUCAGAGGAGGAAGUAAUCUCAAAUGGAGUUAUAGGAAAGAAGAUAGAAGAUACAAAGAAAUUAAAAGAUAUAGAAGAAGAUGAAGAGAUAGAAUUUAUAGAGCAACCAAAGUCUAAAAAUGAUGUCAAUAAUUUUAAUGAAAGUGCUGAGAAUAUUAAAAAUGAACAGCAAUCUAAGUCAUUUAAAUCAAACAGUGUCUCAACAAAAUCCUCCUCAUCUAAACUGAACAGUGCUAAAGACAAUAGAAAAGGAAAGAAAGAUGUCAAUAAGGAUGUGCCACCCACACCUGUUACAUUAAUUAAUAAUAAAGAUGAAUUUAUAGUUAGGUUAGAAACAGAUGUAAAGAAAUUAAAGACAGACCUACAAUCCAGUAGGAAUUGUGAACAGGAAUUAAAACAACAGAUAACUACAUAUCUUUUAGAAGACAAAAAUCUUAGAUCAGAAUAUUAUCAGUUACAGAUAGAUAACGAAAAUCUUCAAAAUAAACUUCACAAUCUUGUUACAAGUAGGCAGCAAGACAAACAGAAUAUCUCACUUUUAGAAAAGAAAAUGAAUGAAGAAAGAAAGAUGAGAGCGGGUAUAGAACUACAGUUGAAUACAGAACGUAAAGCUAAAAAGGCAGAAGAGGUUGCUGCAGCUCGGGCUAUUGCAGUGGCUUCAACACAGAGAAUUGAAUGUUCAGAACAGUGUAAAUCUAAACAGAGAAAUAUAGAAACAGAAAUAAAACAGUAUCAACGAGAUCUCAAAAUGAAGGAAGAACAAUACAGACAGUUAGAAUAUGAAAAUCAGAAACUUCGACAGUUAAAAGAUCAACAAAAUGAAACAGAAGUGUUGAUGUCAGCUUUGGCAGCAAUGCAGGAUAAAAAUUCUCAUCUAGAAAACAGUCUUAGUGAAGAAACACGCAUCAAAUUAGAUUUGUUUUCAGCAUUAGGUGAAGCCAAAAGACAGAUUGAAAUACUCAAAGGUUAUCUUAUAGAAAAAGACAGAGAACUUGCUGAUAUCAAGUCCAAAAUAGCUGAAGCAAUGGCCUUACACAUGAUUCCCACAUCAUCAGCCUGUAUGAAUGGUACAGACACUGUCAUGACUUCACCAUUGUAUUCAAGCAAACAACAGAAAGAUGACGGCAUCGUUAAAUCUAAUCUGAACCCACAUGCAUCAGAUUACACUCCUAAAACUACCACAUAAAUUGCGAUGGAACUUUAUUAACAACCUUUUAGCUUCUGGACUUUGUCUAUAGAUGUUUUCCUCAGUGUAUUAUGACUGGCAUCCCUCAAAUGCAUAUGAUUCAAAGUUUUAUAGACACAAA